AGCGCGCCGGGGUUACGUCAUCAGGAGGCGACUUGGCGCAAAGUGGAGGAUUUUUGAGAAGGGAAAUCAGUCUUUAAACAGUUUUUUAUGCAUGUAAACAAAGACAAAGUACGUCUAGACGCUCUGGACAGCCUCAACUAAAUAAAUCUGAACAUGGCCACGCCCAGUAAGACUCCGCCCGGCGCUGACCCGAAGCAGUUGGAGCGAACAGGGACCGUGAGAGAGAUCGGGUCCCAGGCCGUGUGGAGUCUGUCGUCGUGUAAACCAGGGUUUGGAGUGGAUCAGCUCAGGGAUGAUAACUUGGAGACGUACUGGCAGUCGGACGGGUCCCAGCCUCAUCUCGUCAACAUUCAGUUCAGGAGGAGGACCACGGUGAAGAUGUUGUGUAUUUACGCUGAUUAUAAAUCCGACGAGAGCUACACUCCCAGUAAAAUCUCAGUCCGAGUCGGGAACAACUUCCACAACCUGCAGGAAAUCAGGCAGUUGGAGAUGGUGGAGCCCAGUGGGUGGAUUCACAUUUCUCUCCUGAAUCAGAGGACGAACGAGCCGAUCAGCACGUUCAUGAUCCAGAUCGCCGUUUUGGCGAAUCACCAGAACGGGCGAGACACGCACAUGCGACAGAUCAAAGUCUACACCCCCGUGGAAGAGAGCUCCAUCGGGAAGUACCCACGAUGCACCACGGUCGACUUCAUGAUGUACCGCACCAUAAGGUGAUGAGGAAGUGACAUCACCGAGGCACAGGAAGUGACAUCACCGAGGCACAGGAAGUGAACGACGGGGCCGAAAACACAACUCCAGGUGUUUUUGAGGAGACGGCGCUGGGUCGGUUUAUGUGAUACUGGACCUUUGUCAUAUGUAAUUAUGGUCACGACCUGAAGGGGGCG